AUUAAUGACAGUAUUCAAGAAACACUCUGUAAAUAAUUCAACAUGCCUUUCAGCGCGAAUUAUUUUUUCACUCCGCCUACACAUUAAUAAAAAGUGAAAGUGAAAGUUCUUUAUUUAUACAAUGCAGAACCUAGUGACUCUCAAGGUGAAAGAUGAUUUAUCUUACAACACUUUCGAUAGACAGCGAGAAGAAGAAGAAUCUAGGAAACCCAAUAAGUCGUGCAAUAUAUUCCGGUGGUGUUCUUUUUGUUCAUGCUGUAGUAAUCCGGUAUGCGGAUGUGGUUCUAAAGAAACUGUUUCGGAUGAUGACGAUUUAGAAUAUGCAAUGCUUAAUUACGUUCAGGAAAUUCGCUCGACACCCGAAGGUCUUAAAAAUAAACGAAUAAUAGUGCCAACGAAAGUAUUAUCAGCCCACAAAGUGCUCCUUAAAUGCAGCAGCAAAUCUGGUACUACCAACGUCGUGGAAGAACAAGCACCAAUUAAAAAUUCAUGCCCAGAUGAAGAGGAUCAUAACAGGCUGUUGCAACGUGAAG